AUGCCUGCUUCAGCCCCCGUCACUCCACCUAGCAAACCACAAGCUGUAAAUCCUCACGAGGAUGAGAUCCCCAUUAGCUACGACAUCAACAUCCCCUAUGUCGAUGUCGCAAAGGAAUCCACUUCACACACCAGAUACCCAGAGUACCUCCCCACAUGGGACAAGGUCUGGUUUGAUCCUCUGCCCCCCUUCAAGUAUGAGGAUCCGGCGCUGCGCGUAAAAGACAAGAGCAAGCGCAACCUGCUCACCCCUGGCGUUAAAGUCUCGCACAUCCAGCCCCAGAUCGGGAGUAUUGUGGAAGGCGUGCAACUGAGCCAGCUCUCCGACGCCGCCAAAGAUGAACUGGCUCUGUUAGUCGCGGAGCGCAAGGUCGUCGCCUUCCCCGCGCAGGAUCUCAUUGACGCUGGCCCGGAAAAGCUGGAGCAGUUCAUGCGCCAUUUCGGGAAACCAAACUACCAGCCGGUCUCCGGGACGGUGCGCGAUCACCCGGGAUUCCAUAUCAUUCACCGCGAUGGCAACCGCGAAGAAAUCGCGCGCUUCCUCGAGCAGCGCACCACCACCACGCUCUGGCAUCAGGACGUGAGCUAUGAAAUCCAGCCUCCAGGCUAUGUCAUGCUCGGCCUGCUCGAGGGCCCGGAAGUAGGCGGCGACACCGUCUUUGCAGCUACAGACAUGGCCUACAAGCGCCUCUCCCCAACCUUCACCUCUUUCCUCGAUGGCCUCCGCGCCGUCCACUCCUCCGCCAAAAUGAUCAACCACACCCGGCUGCUGGGCGGCCUCGUCCGCAAAGACCCCAUCGACACCGUCCACCCGCUCGUGCGCAUCCACCCCGUCACCGGUGAAAAAUGCCUCUUCAUCAACGGCGAGUUCAUCACCCGCAUCCAGGGCCUCAAGGAGCCCGAGCAGCGCUACCUCCUCGAUUUCCUCAUGCAGCACAUCAUGACCGGCCACGACUUCCAGGCCCGCGUGCGCUGGCAGCCCAAGACCAUCGUCAUUUUCGAUAAUCGCUGCACGAUCCGUAAGCUCUUCCUUCCCUCCCAUGCCUUUAGCGCGAGCUUUUUUGCGUACUGGGUGCUGACAUUCACCAGACUCCGCGAUAGUCGACUACCUCGAUGA